AUGGCGCCGCCGCAGGCCCCUCCGUCGGAUCUGUCGAGUUCUCCCGCUGCACCCUGGCGCCGAGCUGCCGUCUGCUGCCGCCCGAGGUCACCAUCACCGGGAGGAGCGACGGCAGUCCACGUCGUCAUUGCCAUCGUCCUUCAGCUGAAGAAAAUGUGCAAGGAGGGCGCAUAUUGGGGUGAUGUUGCUGGAGUGUAUGUAAGCAUGGAGUAUGGAGUGGAAAGGGUCCGCGGAGAGUAUGACUGGGUGCGGCAGCUCAAGGGCGAGGUCGACAUCUUCUCCAGGGCUGACGGGUCGGCGCUGUUCAAGAUGGGCAACACCAGGGUCAUCACCGCCGUCUACGGCCCCUGA